CCAAAAUAAAUAAACACCGCUGCUGCAGCUGUUGAUGCGCGUUGUAGCACAUCCGGAAUAUACACAGAUUUGUAUGGGGACUGGCGGACGUGCUUAGCCGGCUAGGACUUGGUGCUAUCGGCGGAAUCUGUCCGCAUCUUUUCAGAUGCCUUCAACUCGAGUGACCUGGAUGUGAAACUGGGAAGAGGCCGUAUCUAUCUCGCUUUAUUUUGGCAGGCGGUUGCAGCCCUGCGAUAGAAACGGGCGAUGGUGGCAGCAGCAGCAGAGAGGAGGGAGGCUAGCUAACUUCAUCAGUCGGCGAUUACACAUUUGUUCAGGAAUAUCAUUGUAAAAAAAAAAAAAAAAAAAAAGACCAGAGAACAAUGAGCGGACCUACAUCAGAUUAGUGGGCUGAGUUAGCUCGGCUAGGCUAACUCAGCCCACUAAUUUAAACAGGCACGCACAUUAUUCUAGUUCACUUGCUGCCUAACGUCGCCCACUAGAAUAGACUCGGUUAGUGUCAAGUUUCUCCAGUGAACUGAGUUUAUCAGUUCACUGUUGGAGCUACAUAGCUAGCCAGCUGUGCAGAUCAUCGGAGGAGGACGCUCGGUGUGCUGGGGUCUCUGCACAGAUCUGGAGGCUGACGGCGACCAUGGCCCUGGAAGCGUUCCCUUUGCAUUUACUGGUGUGGAACAAUCAGUACCUGGAACUAGAUCGAGAGCUGCAGAAGAAAGAGCAGGAUGCGGAGCGCUUGGAUCCGAGGGGGCGCACCCCGCUGGAGCUGGCCGUGUGUCUGGGCCACCUGGAGUCGACCCGAGUGCUGCUCAGACACACUGCAGACCCGACACACUGCAAUGGACAAGGCUGGACCAUCUUGCAGGAGGCGGUGAGCACCGGAGACCCUGAGCUAGUGCAGCUGGUGCUCCAGUACAGAGACUUCAAGCGGGCCACAGAGAGACUGGCAGGAAUCCCAGAGCUGCUCAGCAAACUAAGACAGGCACGGGACUUCUAUGUGGAGAUGAAGUGGGAGUUCACCAGUUGGGUGCCUUUGGUGUCAAAAGUUUGCCCCAGCGACAUUUACCGGGUGUGGAAGAGCGGCUCGUGCCUCCGUGUGGACACUACCCUUCUAGGCUUCGAACACAUGACUUGGCUGAAAGGACGACGUAGCUACAUUUUCAAGGGAGGAGAUGACGGGGCAGUGGUUAUGGAGGUGGACCAUGAGAAGCAGGUGGUGUACACAGAGCCGCUUGUGUUGUCCCCUCGUGAUGCGCCCUCCCUCCUGGCAGCCAUGCAGCCAUCGCAAGAAAACACGGCCCAGAGGCUCACGUCGCCCAUCGUCUCCACGCACCUCAACACACGCAACAUCGCCUUUGAGCGGAAUAAAUCUGGGAUCUGGGGCUGGCGUUCUGAGAAGAGUGAGGUCGUCAGUGGGUAUGAAGCCAAGGUUUACAGUGCUACCAAUGUGGAGCUAGUAACGCGGUCAAGGACAGAGCAUCUGUCAGACCAGGACAAGUCAAGAAGCAAAGGCUCAAAGACUCCUCUGCAGUCUUUCCUGGGGAUCGCCGAACAACAUACAGCUCACAACGGGAGCAACGUGUCCCAGUGUGCCAGUCCUCACAACCCCACAGCCAUCACAGCUGAGGAAUACUUCGACCCCGAGUUCAACCUGAACGGCCGAGACAUCGGACGUCCCAUAGAGCUGACGAGCAAAGUGCAGAGGUUUAAAGCGACGCUGUGGCUGAGUGAGGCUCAUCCUCUGUCCCUGGCCGAGCAGGUCACACCCAUCAUAGACCUCAUGGCCAUCUCCAACGCCCACUUUGCCAAGCUACGUGACUUCAUCACCCUGCGCCUGCCACCAGGCUUCCCUGUCAAGAUAGAGAUUCCCCUGUUUCACGUGUUGAAUGCCAGAGUGACGUUCAGCAACCUGUGCGGCUGCGACGAGCCGGUCAGCUCGGUGACGGUACACAAACCAGAGAGCUCCGAAGAAGCUGGUCAGGCUACCCCCCCCUUCCACUGUGAGGUGGACCCCUCAGUGUUUGAGCCCCCCCCGGACUACACCACGCUCGGCCCGGGUCGCAGCGAGCCGAUGAGGGAUGAGGAUGACAACCUGCUGCAGUUCGCCAUCCAGCAGAGCCUUCUGGAUGCUGGCACAGAGAGCGACCAGGUGACCAUCUGGGAGGCGCUGACCAACAGCCGCCCGGUGCCUCCGUCUCCACUGUAUGAGGAAGACUCUCAGCUGGAGAGGGCGAUCCAGGAGUCCCUGUCCAUCUCGCUGGCCAGCAGAGAGGGAGAAGACAUGGCGGACCCGAGCCAGCCCUCCUCCGUCUCCCCGUCAGACCCCACUGCCAACUCCCCUCUCUCCUACAGCGCGGUGACUGAUCCGCGGCUGUCCGGACACUUCGGCGUGGCAUCGAGCUUCGAUGAGCAGCUGCGUAUUGCCAUGGAGCUGUCGUGCAGGGAGCAGGAGGAGAUGGACAGGAAGCAGAAGGAGGAAGAGGAGGAGCUGGAGAGGAUCCUGCAGCUGUCGCUCACCGAGAAGUAAUGUAACACUAAGCAGGAGCAGCGGAGGCGGGUCUUCAUCGGGGAACAAUCAUCUUAAUUUAUUCUGUUUUAUUUUUUAAAUCCUGGAGAUGCUAAGUUAUUACAGAUAUUUUAUUUGUCUUUCUCACACAAAGGCUGCUACAACAGAGUGUAAAAGGACCUGAAUAUAGGAAACGUGAAGCUGGCGGGAAAGAGAAAGAGGUAGAAACAGGUACGCUGAAACAGUAAAAGAGGGAGACAAAAGGGAAAGUCUUUGUUUUUCUUUUUUUAAUGAAUAUUUUUCACAGUCUUGCUGUCUUUAUUGAGUGACAAAUGAUCCUUAAACCUAUAACAUAAUCCAUUAUAAUGAUGAAGAAUAAGAAAAUACAAUCUUAACGAAAUAACUUAUAAAAAUAUGAUUAUAACAUUUAUGUUGGCUUACUCCUAAGUGUGGAAAAAUAAAGAGUAAUGAUCAUC